AAAAUACAGACAUUAAAAAAAAUAGAAUUAGAGCGGCGCGGACGCCGGCGCAAUUUGUACAAAACAAACCCUAAAACGGGAAUGAUUCUCCAAGUUCUCAACCGCCAAUCCGCCAUUGACAACGGCAGCACUGCUGGGAACUGAAAGCAUGAGCCCUGCAGAGGCGAAUCAAGAAGAAACUGUACCUGCUCCUGAUUUUUCUUCACUUACAAAAUUUACAUUGAAAAGAGCAGAAAUUGUGGAUAAUUCUUCUGGCUGUAUGAGUGCUGAGAAUCCAAGUGAUCUAGAGAUAUCAUCAGUACCGUCUCCCUUUGAGAUCAAUGACUGUGCAAGCAUCAUGAGAACUCUGAAGUUUAAACAAAGGCCAUGGAUUGUUUAUGACCCGUCUUCAAUUGAACGGGAGUCCGACAUUAAACAUUGCGAUAUGGUCAUACUUGUUUCUUCUUAAUUAUUACAUGUUUGUAAAUAGUUUGUCUCCAAAAGUUUGUCUUCCCAAGGGUGUUACUAGGGGAUGCCCAGAUUGCAGUGGGUGUCAAAAGGUCUCUGCUAGAUGGGAUCCAGCAGGGGCGUGUAGUUACACACUCAAAGAUGCAAUUGUAUUUCAUCCUAAUGAAGAGGAAUUCAAGGAUGCCUUCAAGUACAUUGACAGCAUACGUCAACAGGUAGAACCCUUUGGACUAUGUCGUAUUGUUCCACCUUCAUCUUGGAAACAACCAAGCUUUUUUGAGGAAGAUGACAUUUGGCAAAAAUAUAAAAUUUCCACUCGAGUUCAAAGGCCUCACGAGCUUCAAUAUGAUAGCUCCUAUAGAAAAGCACCUACAGACAACGACAACGAGGCAAAACGAAGGAAAUUGGAUUGUGAGUAUGGUGAUGCUUGCGCUGCAAAUUUUGGCACUGAUGAGUGCUAUGGAUCUGGAAGCUUCCAAAUUGAAUAUGGUCCCGAGUUUAGUCUUAUAGCUUUCAAACGAUAUGCUGAUGAUUUUCAGCAGUGUUACUUUUCCGGAAACAAUGAGGUUUUAAAUGAUGAUGGUAGUCAACCGAUGCAUCAUGAACAGAGGGAUCCAACAGAACAGCAUAUUGAAGGCGAGUUUUGGCGGAUUGUGGAAAAGCCUACUGAAGAAAUAGAAGUGCUUUAUGGUUCUAAUAUCAUUCAGGGACCACUUAGUUCAUCAAAGUCAGGGCAAGCAUCUGAUUCCAUAAAAGGUGUUUCUUUAAAUCUGGACCUAAAUCGUUUAUACAAGUUUCCUGGCUCCAUGCUUUCCUUUGAGACAUUGGACUCCUCAAACAUCCUUGCGCCUCAGCUGCAUGUUGGAAUGUGCUUUUCAUGCCUUCCUUGGGCUCUUGAAGAGCAUCACUUGUACAAGCUGCAGUAUCUACAUUUUGGGGCUCCCCGAAUAUGGUAUGGCAUACCUGGGUCCGAAUCCCAUAAUUUUGAGGCUAUUGCAAAGAAGCACUUACCUUGGUCAGAUGACAAACAGGCUGACUUGCUUCAUACACCAGGAAGACAAUUAUCUCCUGCGACAAUAAAAGCAGAGGGUGUACCAGUUUAUCGCUGCAUCCAGCGCCCAGGAGAAUUUGUUCUUUUCCUUCCCGGGGCAUAUCAUUCAGGCUUUGAUUGUGGGUUCAAUUGUGCUGUGUCUUCAGUCUUGGCUCCAUUGGACUGGUUGCCUCAUGGGCAGGUUUCUUUAGAGCUUUAUCGUGAGAAAAAUAGGAAAACAUAUAUUUCUUAUGAUAAGGUGCUGUUGAGAGCAUCUAAUGAAGCUGUGAAGGCUCAGUGGGAAUACCUGUUGAGGGGUAAGAAAACAUCAAAUAUCUUGAUGUGGAAGGAAGCUUCUGGAAAGGACAAGAUUCUUGCAAAGUCUCUCAGAGCGCGAAUCAGAUCGGAGUUGAGGUCCAGGGACUAUCUUUCGUCUGCGUCUCAGUCAAGGAAAAUGGACAAGUCUUUUAAUGGUGAUGGCCAGAAACUGGAAUGCUGUAUUUGCCGUUAUGAUUUGUAUUUGUCUGCAGUGACCUGCCCUUGUGACCGAAACAGAUUUUCUUGUCUUAUUCAUGCCAAGCAUUUCUGUUCUUGUGCCUGGACCGGGAAGAUUUUCUUUUUCCGUUAUGAGAUCAACGAGUUGAAAAUUCUUGCAGAUGCUGUUGAAGGUAAGUUGAGCGCAGUCAGGACUUGGAUCAAAGAAAAUCUUGGGCUGAUGCUUCGGUUGGAGAAGCCGAAUCAUAAUCAAAACAUACAGUUAGAUCCUUCAACUGCUGCAAUCAAAGACAAUAUUACCUCUAAAAUAGGCAAGGCUUCUGGUUCUAAAUUACUUUCGGAGACAAAAAAAACUCUCGGGAUGAAUUUAGAUGAUUUCAAGCACAAGGCAGGGACGAUAAGCUCGAAAUAUACAACUGAUGAUGAUACAAGUUCGUCGUCCUCUGACAUUGAUAUAGAUGAAUACAUCACACAUCUAGAGAUGUCUUUGAAAAGAGGAGCUACUCCGGCAUCCAGCAAUGGAGUAUCAAUGGGAAUAGAGUAAGACUGCAAACAUGUGCAACUUUUCUCCCUCAUUAAGCCGUUAACGUCAGUCUUGUAUGUUAUCAGACCUAGCAAUUGGGAUCAAGCUCAAUCUUGCUAGUAUUAGGAUGCUUAUCAAGAUGAUAUAAUGUAAAUUUAUGCAUCCAAAUAUUUCAUGAUGAUAAUAUCUUGUAAUUAAAAUAUAAAAAUGCCUUCUUGUCUGACUGGGAUAUUCUGUUCAAGGCUACCUGUGCUUGGUUAUUUCAGAGAAUUCUGUUGCU